GCGAGUUUAAUGUUCCCCCUGCACGUCUUCGAUACCCGGGGACCCAUUUUACCUUAGCCCUCUCCACUUUUAUUUUUGUUUUUUGUCUCCCUGACACUUUAAACCCCGUUCAAGAAAAUUAGGACUACUUCAGCAACACCCCCCACCUCUGCUGGGCAACAUUACAGUAACAAGAAAGAAAACUCCUGAAGCAUUUGUUUCUCUCUGACCUCUUGGCAGGUAGCUGUGGGCCAGCAAGGAGAGGCAAGCCAUGCUACUACCCUCGUCACUACUCCUCCUCCUCGGCCUCCUCUGCUGGAGUCCCAGUGCAUCAUGGGCUGCUAAAGUGAUCGUGGUCCCACCCAUUAUGUUUGAAUCCCACCUCUACAUCUUUAAAACUCUGGCCACAGCGCUGCACCAAGAAGGCCAUGAAACCCAUUUUCUAAUAUCAGAGGGUCGUGAGGUGCCACCCUCUCCUCACUAUCACUUACAGCGAUACCCAGGGAUCUUUAACAGCACCACAGCUGACAACUUCCUCCAGUCCAAAGUGUCCAACAUCUUCUCUGGCCGCCUAACAUUUCUAGAACUGUUUGACAUUCUUGACCAUUACUCUCAGAACUGUGACGCCGUGGUCGGUAACGCUGAGGUAAUGACUCGCCUUAAGGAAGCCAAGUUUGACCUGCUGCUCGUGGACCCUAAUGAGAUGUGUGGUUUUGUAAUCGCUCAUAUCCUGGGUGUGCAGUAUGCCGUGUUCAGCACAGGCCUGUGGUAUCCUGCAGAAGCAGGUGCCCCGGCCCCACUUUCAUAUGUUCCUGAAUUUAACUCACUGCUGACAGACCGCAUGACUCUGCUCCAGAGGAUCACUAAUACAGCAGUUUAUCUGGUGCAGCGCUUUGGAGUCCAUUAUAUAGCUUUGCCUAAGUAUGAUCGGAUUAUGAAGAAGCAUGGCGUGAAGCCUCAGGUGGCCAUGGCUGAUCUUGUGCAGGGCAGCCGCCUGUGGAUGCUGUGCACUGAUAUGGCUCUGGAGUUCCCUCGACCAACCCUGCCUCAUGUGGUGUACAUAGGAGGCAUCCUUACCAAGCCCCCCAACCCACUGCCACAGGACUUUGAAGCAUGGGUGAAUGACACAGCGGAGCAUGGCUUUGUGGUGGUGUCGUUUGGCGCUGGGGUCAAGUACCUUUCCCAUGACAUCGCUCACAAACUGGCUGGAGCCCUCGCCAGGCUGCCACAACGUGUCGUCUGGAGAUUCUCUGGAGUUCCACCCAGUAACCUUGGCAACAACACCAAGCUUGUUGAUUGGAUGCCUCAGAAUGACUUAUUAGGCCACACCAACACUAGAGCCUUCCUGAGCCAUGGUGGCCUGAACAGCAUCUACGAGGCCAUGUAUCAUGGGGUGCCGGUUGUCGGCGUGCCCCUGUUCGGUGAUCACUAUGACACCAUGACUCGUGUGGCGGCCAAAGGGAUGGGUAUCAUGCUACAUUGGAAAUACAUGACUGAGGAGGAUCUGUACACAGCUCUGACCAGUGUCAUCAAAGAUGACAGGUAUCGCAAGCAAGCCCGUGUCCUCUCCAAUAUCCACAAAGACCAGCCAGGCCAUCCUGUGUCCAGAGCCGUCUACUGGAUCAGCUACAUCCUCCGUCACCAUGGUGCCAACCACCUGCGCUCCGCUGUCUACGAUGUGUCCCCCUAUCAGUACUUCCUUGUGGAUGUGGUUCUCUCUGUAGCAUCCACCAUCGCUCUGACCAUCUUUGCCUUGCGAUGGCUGGUGGGACUGCUCAGGGGGAACGUGGAGGACCAGGGCAGAGGCGGCAUCCCUAUGGAUGACACUACUGUGCCUAAUGGGCAUUGCCAUAGCGACAGCAUGGCUAAUGGGAAACACAAAGGCAAUGGCUCCUUAAAAAACGAAAAAAAGAUAAAUUAAUGUUUGGGAUGGCCAAGAGGGACGGAGAAGAAGUUGCCCCAAAGACUCAGCUUUGGUGGUUUUUAUUAAAGCUUUGAAAGAAAGCUGUUUUUAGGUACGCCAAGUGGCAGUAGGAUGACAGAGCAAGGCAAUGGGUGCUCAAAAUCCAUCUGUGUGUGUGUGUGUGGGGGUGUGUGUGUGUGUGUGCGUGUGUGUGAAAGAUGUAUGUGUAUGUGUGCACUGAGGCAAAUUUAACGAGAAGUCCUAACAGCAGCAGCUACUGUAAUGCGACACCAAAUUUAAAAAGUCAUUAAAGGAGAAACAAAGGACAGACACAGUGAAGGACAGUGUUUCUUCAUGUGUGUCCUCCUCUUCCUGCGUCUUCCUCACUGGUGGAAGGAUGAAGAGGGGAACCUGAGCACCAACUGCUCACCCACGGAACAAACAAGAAAACAACGGAUAACUUUUAUUUAGGAUUUUAAUGUUUUUAACUGCUUAAAAAAAUGUCUGGUAAACUGUAAAUAGAGGACAAAUCUAUUUAUUACUGUAAAAAGACGUUUUGAUGAUGGACCUUUUUAACCUUGAUCUUAUUUUUAAUUUAUUUCAUGUAUCUGCAGUGUAAUAGCUUGAAAAUAGAUGUACACUCCCUUUUCUUGGUUAACAUUGUACAUUUCAUAUUGGUGAGAACAGUCAUUGUUAAAUCUGCACCCUGCCUUCUGCUGUGGCAUUAUCCACUGUAUUCAUGGUGGCUCUAAUUUCAAAUGAAAAAUAUUUUUUAUUUUUCCUUUUCACGUGAUGGUGCCAACCUGGGACUACACUUAAGUGUGGAACGUCCAAUUGUCUCCUGACUGUCAGUUUGUUCUGGUGGAUAACAGCUCCAUUGACUGUUGUUUGGCAUAUUGGUGUGAAAAGGAUAAUUGUGCUAUUAUCUAAGGAUAUAAUAAGGCUAACUACCAAAGAUACUGUGGAUAAGCCCAGCUAGAAUAGAAAUGUGCUCAGGCUCAUGCAGUCAGGUGAUCAGGGAUGAGUCAGAGCAUUAUUGAUUCAUGAUAACUCACUCCGCUAGUCCCACAGCUUAAUUCUGUGUCCCUCUUCUAUUUAUUUAUUCAUAAGGAAGGAUUCAUCACUUGAUUGCCAUUUUUAGUGCUACACUUGACUUCUUACUGUAUGUCAUCCCUCUGUGGUUAAAUUAAUCUUUAACACACUGGUAGUCUGUUUGGUUAAAUGUUGAGGUAUGUGUAAAAACGGUUUAAUACUAACUCUGUGUGUGAAUGAUUCAGUCUCUGUAUGUUGGCUUUUUAAAGCAGAUAUUUGUGUAUGAAGAAUGCUUAAAUACAGGCAUUGUGCUUGUUUGAGUUCACGGUAUAGCUUUAGACUGAGUUUGGGCAUGGCAAGGUGAGGAUGAGGUUUAUUAUUGCCCCCUAAGAGCUUUGUGUAUUUAAUCAGUAGCUUUUUCUGUGAUUUCAUGUUAUCAUAUUGAAUGUGUGCCCAUGCAGAGGCUUUUAAAGUCAGUAAAAUCUUCAUUUUGAACACUUAGAUUGCUAUCAGUAGCAAUGCCUUAUUGGCCAGUCUAGUACGCAUUGUUUUACCCUGUCUGAUCAAUCUUAUAUCAGAGGAAGAAAAGUUUAAAACUGAGGAAAUAGUGACAUUGUUUUUACAACAAAAGUAAACCACACUACUUCUGUGACUAAUAUUAAUAUAUCAAAGCAAUGCAGAGGUGCAGAAUCAAUAGGAGUUUUUAAAGUGUUUUGGAGAUUUUAUUUUGCCCUUUUCAGUCGAACCACUUUGUUUAUGUAGCAAAUUCUUUAAAAAAAGGACACAAAAGCUGUAAAAAUGAAAAUAAAAAAACCCUAUGAAAUACACACGAGAAAAAGAGUACAUAAGAACAAAUCAAAGCCAGUGUUUGUUGUUAAUGGACAUCUUAGAACAGCUGGUGCUUGAGAGUGGCAUACACUGAAAAUCUCAGGAAAAGGCAUUUAAAGAAAUGGUUUUUAAAACCAAAAACUGACCCAAAAAUUAUUAUUUUUAACAGCGUGUUUUAUAACAGUGUAGUUUAUUAUUUGAUGAUGGACAGUUACCAAAAAAACUGCUCAAAGGUCAAAAUUUUAACCUAGAGCAGCAGCAAAUGAACGAGAGACAGCAGUGUCUACAUUUAACUUGUAUUUAUUGGUAUAAAACGAUGUGCAGGGUUUGGCCAACAUAUACAAAUUUGGUUUCCAGAACUUUCAUUUUUGUUGCUUUGAUAUGAAAACAGGUAUUGGUCUUGUUUGAUUUUAACUGGAAAGUUUAAAAAUCUGGCAUUGUGAUGACACAGAUUCUGAGUCGUCGUCCUUUGCUCCAGUCUGUAAAGCUACUUUUUGAAGUUUCAAACUGCAACCACAAUUUUAGUAGUAAGAUGAUCUUACAUGGACAAUUAAGCGAUGCAAAUGCUAUAAAACAACAGAAAAAAAUCCCAUUACAUAACCUGUCAAAGAUGACACAGACCUAACAUCCAAUCUGCAUGCCUCCAGUGUGUUCACGCCUGUAUGAUAAUUAAGAAAAGCUUCAUGAUCUCCCUUUCUCUGUGAGCUACCAUUACACCUGCACAGCCUGACCCAGCCCUGCUGAAAACACACACUGGUAUACUUGAAUCAUCAUCAUUAUCACCUGAAACAACUUCAGCUGUUGUGAGAGGUGGGCAGGCAGGCCUGCAGGUGCUAAACAAGCUAUGAACAGAGUUUAGUGAGUAAGGAUAUAUUUUUUAAGAUGUAACUUUUUCCUUUAUUAUUUCAGUAUUACUUCUGUCUCAUAGUUAAAUGUCCCUCCUUCACAUCUCUCAUAGUUAUUGUAAAGUCUGAUGUGUCUUUGUUCCUGAGUUUUUUUUUUUUCCAUCAGCUUGAAGACGCUCUCUAAUCUGUCAUUGAUAAUAGCGCUCUUGCAUUUGUCCACCUCUUUGUCUCAUUCCUGACAUCCUGGUGUUUUUGUCUGUCUUUGUGUUGUCGUCUCGUUCUUUUACGUCCACCUCUUCAAUAUCAGACAGUUCUGUUAAACAUACUUUUCUUAAAAAAAAACAAACAACUUCAUUUUACUUUGAUUUUUAAAUGUCCUCAGUUUUCUUGUCAUGAGUGUCCAUGUUGUAAAUAGAACAAUGUAAACAAAAUACUAAUGCUGAAUAAAAAUGACAUACUUUGUUUGCAA